AUGAGCUUGACCACCAUUCCUGAAGUUCUCAUAACCGUCUUCACUCAUCUGAGAGACAUAUGGCCAGCUCCCGAUAUGGAUAUCUACGGGCACGCCCACCAGCCAUUGCCUCCAGGGCACGACUCCUUGAGGGACGGAAGACCUGUGUUGGGCUGGGUGAAUGUUACAUUCACCUGUCAACAGUGGCGGCGGGUCGCGAUUGAUUACCCGAACCUCUGGACCGACAUCAAUGAAGGACUCGGGGCUCGGUGGAUCGACUUGUUCGUACAGAGAAGCCAGGACACGCUGGUCAUGUUGGGUAAUCGGGAUCGCACGUACCCGGAGCCUAUCCAUUACGAGAGCUCGCCAAUCGCAGAACCCAGAGAGGUUCUCCGCGUCUUGCCUGCACUAUGGCAUCGUGUGCGCUAUCUGCACCUCUCAUACUGCGACGAAGAACUACCUGAUGCUGUCCAUGACUGCCUUGCGCAACCCAACUCUGUCUUAGAGCGCUGCGAGCUCCUGGGCAACAAUGAUACCACCAAUGCAAAUCCCGCUCAAGGGCUUUUUUCCACUCAGGCGCCACAUUUGCAGCACUUCGCUUGUAACCUUCGCGCCGUCGGGAUACGUUGGGAUGCGGAGUACAUCACUCGCCUUCGAACGCUAGUCAUCUGCUGCCGUAAUGGUUUGCCGACCUUGCCCGAACUCCUCGAUAAGGGCCUUAGAAGACUACACCUCGUAGAGUGGCUAGACCUCUCCUACCUGGUGUGUUCGGACGACAAUAGUUUGACACAGUCAUUGCCUCCCGUUCGGAUGCCGCAUCUGGAUAAGAUCGGUCUUGAAGGCGAUGCGGCAAGCCUCUCGUUCAUUUUCCGCCAUCUGCGGAUCACCGAGGGAGCCAGUGUUGAGCUACGUUGCGAGGGCAGGGCCACCCAACACAUCUCAGAAAUAUUUCCAAUCAUCAAUGAGCAGUAUUCCUCGUGGUUGCGCUCGAUUCCCAUCACUUGCCAUAUCAACUUCUACGGUGGUCCUUCCCACCAUCUUGACCCCCGAGUACAUGUCUCCGUAUGGCCCACUCCGGCUAUCACCAGUAGUCGAGUCGUUACACCAGACCCAUACGACUCAUACGCCACGCGUCCUUCAUCCAUCUUGCUCAUUAUUCGUGGUAUGAACGGGCGUGCCUUAGUCCAAGAGCUUUUGCGGGACGUCAUGCCCUUCUGCCGUGCUACUCGUCUGCACGCCAUCUCCAACCGCCAUAUUGCGCCAGCACACCUUCACAUAUUUCCCUACAUGCCUCAGGUGGAGAGCUUGUACAUCAGCAGAUGGGAGAGCGACACCUUUGACGAUCCGCACGAGUCGCACAUGAAACUCAGGAUAAUCUUGGGUAUCCUUCUACACUCAACCCGCGCGGUCCUCGAGGGUCGAAGGCCUCGGGACAGCUUACUGCUCCCCAAGUUACAGUCGCUCGACAUCGCCCUGGAAGACGCCGGUAUCUGGCAUCGGCGUGACAACGAUUCUUCGGUGGACGAACCUCUCACGGACAAGCUACGCCAGCUUCUCGUUGCACGCGCCGCGCUUGGUGUCCCGCUGCGCUCGAUCAGCAUGGUGGAGGGAUCUCUUCAAGCAGCGAAGUACACACCGCGCUGGAAGGGCGACGAACCGUGUAGAAUUCCGCCGGUCACUAUUCCUGUCGAAGUGCGAGAGCUCUUAGAAGAUUGGAACUGA